UUGAAAUAUUCUUGUUAAGAACAGGAAACUAGGAUAUUGGUAUAAAGAUGAAAUUCUUAAAACAAUCCGAUUGUUUUGAUAAAAACUUUCUGUUUUGGAAAAUACUUGGAAUAUACCCAUCCAACGUUAGUUGGAAAUUCUAUGAUAUCUAUUCAAAGAUUUUCGUUAUUUUGUUUAUAUUUAUAUACGACGGAUUGUUCACAAUAGAUUUUUACUUCUUGCCGAGGGAACUAGACCACUUCGUCGGGGAAGCGAUACUUUACUUCACAGUACUAUCCGUGAUGUCAAAAGUAAUGACGUUCAUGGUGGCAAAGGAAAAAAUUGCGCAACUUUUAAAAAUUCUCGACAGUGAAAUGUUUCAACCUGAAACAAAAAAGGGAUUGCAAAUUAUAACAAACGCAAAGAAGUUUAACGUUAAAUACUGGAAGAUUAUAGCCGCAGUCUCGUACUAUUCCAGCUUUAACCACCUUUUAUCACCGCUUAUCGCUUAUUGGUUUGCUUCAGUUCCACUCCAUCUUAACACUUGCAGCUACUCUUUCCUAGAUGAGAAUUUCAAAGAAAAGCAUAUUCUUCCAAUAUAUUUGUUUCAAGCUAUAGGUAUACACAUCAACAUGCAUUAUAAUAUCAACAUUGACACCUUUUUCUUGGGCCUCAUGAUUUUUGCCAUAGCUCAGUUGGAAUUACUUGAAGAGAAAUUAAUAACUAUUACCAACGAUGAUAAUCAAUCAUCAAGAACAGAAAAACAAAAUGUGAACUCAAAUAGAAUUGCAUCGGAUGAUUCAGCAGUUAUAACAAAAUUAAAUAAAGCUAUCAUACAUUACGACAGUGUUAUCAAAUUUUGUGGUUUGAUCGAAGAAGUAUUCAGCGUGACAUUGUUUGUACAAUUCAGUAUGGCAUCUUGUAUUAUCUGCGUAUGCCUGUUCCGGUUUACUUUACCGGCUACGGAACAGUACUACAUGUUUUUGGCAAGUUACAUGUCUAUGAUGAUUGUACAAAUAUUGGUGCCUUGUUGGUUUGGAAACCGUAUAAUAGAUAAGAGUUGUCUUUUAUCUCAAGCAAUCUACGCUUGCGACUGGACGCCGCGGUCUCGACGUUUCAAGAGCAGUCUGAGACUCUUCGUAGAAAGAGCUAAUCAUCCAUUGUCUAUUACUGGUUGGAAAACAUUUCCGCUAUCGAUGGUCACUUUCACUUCAAUCAUGAAUUCUGCUUAUUCAUUCUUAACGCUUCUUCGCAACAUGCAAUCUCAAGAAGUUUGA